AUGGCAAGAUCCUCUUACUCUCAUAUCCUCCUCCUACACAUUUGUUUCAUUUUCCUUUCGCUUCCGUCACCAUGCUGUGCCUACGAUGGUGACCUCGACGCCCUUUUGAAGCUCAAGAACGCCAUGAACACUGGUCCCCAAGCUUCAGGGGUGCUGGAGGACUGGCAGCCCUCUGCCCACUACUGCUCUUUCUCUGGAGUCUCAUGUGACCAGCAGCAAAGCCGAGUGGUUGCUCUUAACGUCCCCAACGUGCCUUUGCCUGGCUCCAUCCCAGCCGAGAUUGGGCUUCUAAACAAGCUGGUCAACCUCACCAUCGCCGGCAACAAGUUAACCGGGAUGCUUCCCUCGGCGAUGGCCAACCUGACGUCUCUAAAGCACUUGAACAUCUCCAACAACGUCUUCAGAGGCCGGUUCCCGGUAGAAAUCUUCCUUGGGAUGCCGGAGCUUGAGGUUCUUGACGCCUACAACAAUAACUUUACCGGCCAACUGCCACCCGAGCUGGCCAGCUGUAAAAGGCUAAAACAUCUUCAAAUGGGAGGAAAUUACUUCACGGGAGAGAUUCCUGAGAAUUAUUCUAAUAUUCAGAGCCUGGAGUAUCUAGGACUCAAUGGUAAUUGGCUCACCGGAAAGCUACCGGCCAGCUUGGCUCUGUUAAAGAACCUCAAGGAGCUGUACGUUGGGUACUAUAACAGUUUUGACGGCGGCAUUCCACCGGAGUUGGGAUCGCUGACGUGGCUGCAAGUGCUGGACUUGGCCAGCUGCAACCUGAGCGGCAUCAUUCCCACGAGCCUAGGCCUUUUGAAACAUUUGCACUCUCUGUUUCUACAAGUUAACCACCUCAACGGUGGUAUACCACAUGAACUUUCGGGCAUGACGAGCUUGGUGGGUUUGGAUCUCUCGAUCAACGAACUCACAGGAGAGAUACCAGAAAGUUUCUCAGAGCUGAAGAACAUUACCCUUCUCAACCUGUACAAGAACAAUCUUUACGGUCGCAUACCCGAAUUUAUCGGCCAUCUUCCUCAUCUGGAGGUGCUUCAACUGUGGGAGAACAACUUGACAUUUGAGCUACCGGAGAGCCUUGGCAGGAACAGCAGGCUUGUGGAUUUGGACGUCACCGGAAACCACCUGACCGGGUUGAUUCCUCAGGAUCUUUGCAGAGGAGGGAGGCUGAAAACAUUGAUUUUGAUGGACAAUUACUUCUUUGGGCCAAUUCCGGAGGAACUAGGCCAGUGCAAGUCCCUUGUCAAAAUCCGAAUGAUGAAAAACGCAAUCAAUGGGACUGUUCCUGUUGGGAUCUUCAACUUGCCUAACGUGGUCAUGAUUGAGCUGAAUCAAAACUACUUGUCUGGUCAACUUCCAACACAAAUGUAUGCGGACUCACUGGCAAUCCUCAAGCUUUCUGGGAACCAGAUUUCCGGGGUAAUCCCACGGGCAAUUGGAAAUCUUAACAACUUACGAACUCUCUCCCUGGCGAUGAACAAGUUUUAUGGGAAAAUACCAAAGGAAAUCUUUUAUUUGAAAUGGUUAUUGAAGAUCAACAUCAGCAUCAACAACCUGGGUGGUGAAAUUCCAGCUUCAAUUUCUAAUUGUUCGUCUCUAACGUUCCUUGAUUUUAGUCGAAACAAUUUGGUUGGCGAAAUCCCAAGAGGGACAACAAAGGUAGAAGCAAUUCAACGUGUCAAUUUCUCUAGAAACCAACUCACGGGACAAAUACCUGAUGAAAUCCCCUACAUCACAACAAGCCUCACAACUUUGGAUCUCUCUUACAACAACUUCACUGGAACAAUCCCACAAUCCAGUCAGUUUCUGGCCAUCGUGUCGUUUGAAGGAAAUCCCUCUCUCUGUCGCAAUGUCUCAUGCCCGUCCUUGAUUAACCAGAGAGCUCGAGACCACAAUGCGUUUGGUUCUCCUUUGAAGCUAGCUCUUAUCAUCAUUGGACCGCUUCUGGUUCUCCUACUUAUCAUCCUUCUGAUAUUCCUACUUAUCAAGGUUUAUAGAGUCACAAAGAUGAGAAAGAUCCAAAAAUCGAAGGGUUGGAGGCUCAUAAUGUUCCCACAGCUCCAUCUCAACGUUGAGGACUUGCUCCAGUGCUUAAAGCAAGAGAACAUUGUAGGCAAAGGGAGUGCUGGGGUUGUCUACCACGGGACCAUGCCAAGCGGCCUUGAAGUGGCAAUCAAACAGCUUGUUGGCUCAAGUAGAGGAGGACAGAGGGAUCAUGGAUUUUCAGCGGAAAUUAAAACACUAGGACAAAUCAAGCACCGAAACAUUGUAAGGCUUCUGGGGUACAUGUCAAACAAUGAAUCAAACUUGUUAUUGUACGAGUACAUGCCGAAUGGUAGCUUGGGGAAACUAUUGCACGGGCCAAAUGCCGCGGAAUUGCAGUGGGAGAGGAGGUAUAAAAUCGCUGUGGAGGCCGCUAAGGGAUUGUGCUAUCUCCACCAUGACUGCUCGCCUCUUAUUAUACACAGGGAUGUCAAGUCCCAUAACAUCUUGUUGGACUCCAACUUGGAGGCUCAUGUUGCUGAUUUUGGGCUCGCUAAGUACUUUCAAGGACCUGCAGAUUGCAUGUCUUCCAUUGCUGGUUCCUUUGGCUACAUAGCCCCAGAGUACGGUUAUACGCUGAAAGUGGAUGAGAAAAUCGACGUGUACAGUUUCGGUGUGGUGCUGCUGGAGCUAAUAACUGGGAGGAAACCGGUGAUGAACUUGGAAGAUGAGGACAUGAACAUAGUAAGUUGGGUGAGGAAGACCACAUCAAAAAUCCCUUAUAAGCCAUCUCCUGCAUCACCAGCAGUACUAUUGGCACUUGUAGAUCCCAAGCUCAGCGGGUACCCAUUGCAAGGUGUCCUAGACUUGUUCAACAUAGCAAUGAUGUGUGUCGAGAACGACAGCUGCGCAAGACCUACAAUGAGGGCAGUCGUUAACAUGCUCACCAAUCCUCCACCGUCUUCUCCGACCAUAGUCAACCUUUAGAUAUGUUGGUAGACCGACACAAAAGUGAUCCUGUUUAUGUUAGUGCUUUGGUAUGACAAUGUUGCUUUUUAAAUUUUACUAAACCUUGUUGGUGCAGCUUAAGAUUCAGUGAAAGUGAUCAGAAUCUGUACUUGACUUGAUAUUCCAAUUUCCAAAGCACA